CUCUCAGACUGGCUAACAUGAAAGGGUUGUAUAUUGUUCUGUUUUUGUUUCCUUCUCUGGAAUGUAGUACCACACGCUGCAGGCGUUCAAUAAAGCCACUGGGAAUGACCUUGUUGUAUGAGUCCCUCUGUCCCGACAGCCAAGAAUUCCUUACCAGUUUCUGGCCAGUUUUUCGGUAUUACCAUAACUGCAUUAAUCUAACGUUGGUCCCAUAUGGCAAAGCCAGAUUUCUAGCUACUCUCAGACUGGCUAACAUGAAAGGGUUGUAUAUUGUUCUGUUUUUGUUUCCUUCUCUGGAAUGUAGUACCACACGCUGCAGGCGUUCAAUAAAGCCACUGGGAAUGACUGUGUUGUAUGAGUCCCUCUGUCCCGACAGCCAAGAAUUCCUUACCAGUUUCUGGCCAGUUUUUCGGUAUUACCAUAACUGCAUUAAUCUAACGUUGGUCCCAUAUGGCAAGGCCAGACCGGCAAGAGGGGGACAUGUAUGUCAACACGGCCGACCAGAGUGUUGGGGCAAUCGGAUGCAGAACUGCGCUCUUCACUCCAAUUUAAAUCAGUUAAAGCAAAUGCAAUUUAUUGCUUGUCAGAUGAAAGACCUCCAGCUGGUGAAGAAAAGGAAUUUCAAGUGCGCCAAAUCCUUGAAUAUCAUCAAAAGCGUAAGGCAGUGCAUGAAAUCGAACGGCCAAGGUAAUAAACUUCAGGCCGAUGCCUCGAGAAUAACUAGUCAAUAUCAGUUUAACGAAAUACCUGCAAUUAUCUAUAAUGGAGUAUUAAAUGAAGACCUGCAGGAGGCUUCCAGAAACAAUUUACGACAAACUCUGUGCGAAAUUAUGGUAAAAACUAAACAUUUAUUACCUGAUGAUUGUUAUACCUAUUAGCUGACCGCUAAAUUGCAAUUUACAUCUUCGGUACCCCACAUUAUGCCAAUAAAGAAAAAAAAUUUUUUUUGAUA